AUGUGGCAAUUCGGCCCGUCGGUUUGUGACUGGAAGGGGGGACCGUGGCAUGGCGUUGCAUGCAUUGUCGGAAAUGCGCUCGGAAUGGCUGCUGCAUUACCGAUCGGACAGCUGUCAGACGAUCUUCUCUCGGUUAUCCUCCGUCUCGUCGGUCGAUCCGACGGUCAGUUCCAGCACGCGCUUGUGUGCAAGAAAUGGCAUCGCAUCGCCUGUCGCGUGCACGACCACAUCCACAUUCGCGAAGCGCGUCGCAUGAGUCCUCUUGAGCUUCUCGCGCACCUGUCGUCAUUCCCAAGGCUCCGAAAGCUCGUUCUCGCCAAUGGAAGCAUCACGUCCGUCCCUGACUCCCUCCUCUCGCGGAUAGCCGACACGUGUCCAGAUCUGACGGACCUCCACGUCGAUAGAAUGGAACGAAAGUACAGACGCGGGGGUUUCACUAAGAACGGGCUUUCGCAUCUCUUUGAGAAACGCACGCGGCUGGAGGCGCUUCAUCUUGAUUGUCAGUCGAAUCUGACCGCCAUUCCGUCCACAAUCGGCGGCCUUGCGUCACUCAAGAGCCUGCACAUCACCGACAGGGGCAGAAUCGCUUUCCUUCCAGACGCGUUCACCUCGUUACAUGCACUCACACAUCUCGUGAUUGAAAUGAACGGUCUGGAUGAACUGCCUCACAACUUCGGCAAUCUGACGCUGCUCAAGUCGCUCCGGCUGGAAUGCACGCGUCUCCGCUCAAUUCCCAAUACUUUCGGGCAGCUUACCAACCUGGCGCAUCUCUCCAUCAACGCCUCCAGGAGAAUUCUUCAGCUGCCCGAAUCCAUCUCCAACCUUUCAUCCUUACUCACCCUCGAUAUUUGGUGGUGCCGAAUUUCUCCGUUGCCCGGGGGUUUCGGGAACCUGCCGGCGCUUGAAACCCUUCGUCUUAAAGACGUGGGGGGGAUAACCAACCUGCCCGCGAGUCUCGGGCAGCUGCAGCGGUUGCGGCUCCUUUGCAUAAUCAACUGCGACAAAAUAGUAUCUUUCCCUAGCUCCCUCUCCCACCUGCCCUCUCUAACGGACCUUAUCCUCGACCGCCUACCACUCCACCAUCUGCCUGACGACGUCGCUCUACUGCCAUGCCUGCGCACGCUCAAGCUGUGCGGAAUUCGCGUCCGCCUGCCUCCCUCCAUAAUCCUUGCAACUGCACUCAAAGAGCUUACGCUUGAAAACUUCUUAGCUCUACAAUCUCUGCCCGAGGAAUUCGGGCAGCUCACUGCUCUGGAGAUACUGCGCCUGGUUGAGCUUCCGCAGCUCAGCAGCCUGCCUGCAUCGCUUGGCGACCUGACGAGCCUCAAGGAGCUGAAAAUAGCCACAUGCAGCUUGCUGACACAGCUUCCAGGCUCCCUGACUAAACUGUCGGCCCUUGAGCUGCUGGAAAUCAGUCACUGCUCCAAGCUGACAGCUCUACCACAGGGCUUGGGGUAUGGUCUGCGCAGGCUGCGCAGGCUUGCUCUGUUCAAAUGCACGGCUCUCUCCCACCUCCCUCCAUCCUUCUCCAGCCUCUCCUCCCUCGAAACCCUAGAAAUCUCUGAAGCACCCAGCUUACAAGGCGCACUACCAGACAAGUUCUCCCACAUGACAAGCCUCAAGAAGAACUCUCUCUCCUCCCUGCCACACCUGCCCGCCCUGCCCGCCUCUCUCCCUGCCAUUGGCCUCACUCUCACCAGCCUUGUGGUCAGCUGCAUGCACAUCAAGGCGCUGCCAGAGGAGAUCGGACGGCUGGGAGCGCUUGAAACACUUAAGCUCUCACAAUUGCCUGACCUGAAGUCGCUCCCUCGCUCGCUAUAUCAGCUGCCGCUGUUGAAAUCUCUGGAUGUGACUUCCUGCACGGCGUGUGAGUCGCUGUUUGGGGAUGAGGACACGGGGGAUGCACACACGGGGGAUGCACACACGGGGGAUGCACACACGGGGGAUGCACACACGGGGGAUGCACACACGGGGGAUGCACACACGGGAGCUGCCGGGAAAGAGCUUCGGGGGAGAAUCACCCACCUCAAGGUAGCCGGUCACACUGGUAGCAGUAAUGGCGCCAACAGCUGUGGGGGAUCCGAGGAGAGUGGCACGGUUGUGAUGCUUCCGUCCCUCGAGUUCCUUCAGCUGAUGAAUCUUCCCCUGCAGCAGCUCGGUCCAUCGCUGGGCUGCUUUUCAUCGCUAACCAGGCUGGAAAUGUUCAGAUUGGAUCGGCUUCGCUCGCUCCCAGAUUCCAUCUCUCGCCUCUCUCGCUUGCAGUCACUCGCGAUCAUCCAUGUCGACAGCCUGCUUUCUCUGCCAGAGACAAUAGGGCAGCUCUCAGCCCUCACAUCCCUCCGACUUUCCGAAGUUAUGAGCUUUACUGCUCUGCCUGAGUCACUCGGGCAGCUGAAGAAGCUUCAGAAUUUUGAGAUUGACAACAGCCCGGGCCUAACCAGGCUUCCCGAGUCCUUCCCUGAUCUCUGCAAUCUGGAAUCGUGUUAUUUGUGCGAGCUCCACAGGCUGCCCGAAUGUUUUUCACAGCUGCCCGGACUGGAGGAGUUGGACCUGCGUGAGUGUGAGGGGCUGGCUCAGUUACCCACGGGCCUGCAGCAGAUGGGGAAGCUGCAAGGAUGCCUCGUCAGUAGAUGCCCGCUGCUGUCUACAAGACGGAGGAUGGUGAUCUAUGGUACAUCGAACCUGGACGAAGGAGAGCGUGCAGCGGGUGGCUCGGAGGAGGAGGAGGAGGAUGAGGAGGAGGAGGAGGAGGAGGAGGAGGAUGAGGAGGAGGAGGAGGAGGAGGAGGAGGAUGAGGAGGAGGAGGAGGAGGAGGAGGAGGAGGAUGAGGAGGAUGAGGAUGAGGAGGAAGGGGAUUACUCGGAGUGA